AGAAUAAUUACCGUCAGUGCGAGAUAUUUUCGUCAUUAACCACACUUAGCUAGCUUAUUCUUUCUUUUCUUAAACCUAGCAGGCGGUAGGAAACGAUGAAAAUUGUAGUCUUUUCACGCCGCAAAGACGCCGUUCCAUAAUGAGCGAGGCAGCGUGUAUGAACUACAUUUCCCAGAACCUCGUUGGGUAAAACCGUUUGACAAGCGGCAGACGCGUCUUGCCUUUCACAUCACAGUCUGCAGCUAGUAGAGCUGUUAGCUAAAGGUGUUGCUUAAGGCGACAGGAUGGGUGUAUCGGAUUUACAAGUCGAUACAAAUGCAGGUCCUGUGGUGGAUCUUUCAGCCUGCGGUAUGCAAAAGCUGGACCCUAAUUUCGUCUGCUCUGAGGACACUCACACUCUCAUCCUGGACCGUAACCACAUAAUGAAGCUGGACCAUCUGGAAAGGAGCCCAGGCCUUCAGCAGUUAUCUGUAGCAAGUAACCGUCUGGUGAGAAUGAUGGGCGUGUCUCGGUUAACCCAGUUGACCGUCCUCAAUCUUCCCAAUAACAGUAUCGGUUACAUUGAGGGGCUCAGGGAUCUGCCACACCUCAAAUGGCUCAAUUUGUCCGGGAACAAUAUUAAGGUUAUUGAGCAACUCAACAACUGUGUUUCCCUUCAACACUUGGAUCUGUCUGACAAUAACAUUUCUACCAUUGGUGAUUUGACUAAACUGGUGGCACUGAAGACACUGUUACUCCAUGGAAACAGCAUUACAACACUCCGCACUGUUCCCGCUCACCUACCUGCCCAUUUAUCCAUUCUCUCCCUGGCAGAAAAUGAGAUAAGAGAUCUUAAUGAAGCAUCAUACCUGGCACCUCUCCAUGAGCUGGAGCAGCUGUCCAUUAUGAGCAACCCUUGUGUUAUGGCAACCCCCUCAUUGCCAAGUUUUGAUUAUCGGCCGUAUGUCAUGAGUUGGUGUCUGAGCCUAAAGGUCCUGGAUGGCUACGUGGUGUCACAGAAAGAAGGUCUGAAAGCAGAGUGGCUCUACAGUCAGGGAAAAGGACGUUCAUAUCGACCAGGUCAGCAUGUUCAGCUGGUUCAGUACCUUGCCACUGUGUGCCCUCUGUCGUCAUCACCAGCCCUGGAAACGGCAGAAGACGCUAAAUUGGAGAAGAUCCUCAGUAAGCAGAGGUUUCACCAAAAGCAGCUGUUAGAGGAGACCCGAGGAGGCUGUCCUAGUCCUCCUCGUCCAACUCAGCUAGAUGUGGAGAGGCACAGUCCUACACACCCAGUCCCACAGGAGGGAGCCAGAGAGGUGAAGCACACAAGUGCACCUGCACCAGCAGCUGCUCCAUCAGUGCGGGAGACAGAACCAGUCGUGCAGUUUAACACCUGGGUGAGCUGUGAUUCUUCCCACCCGUCACUGACGGUAGUUCGCAGCCCGAGGCCCCGAGAGGAGCACAUCUAUUUAGAGGAUGUGCAGACCGACGAGGAGAAACUAAGUGGCAGCAUGCUUUCUUCAGAAUCCACGUUCCUCCCCUUCACAUCCGACCUGGAGCCCCACACCACCCACUCUGACAGUGAGGAUGAGACAGAGACAUUUGAACCUGACUCCCUGGCUCCGAAGCGGCCAGCACAGCCCAAAAAGCACAACGCAAACAAGACGCAUCAUUCACCCUCAUCAGAUAAGCAAGUGAAGGGUCUUGAAGAGGAAGUUAUUUCUGGUGCAGCUCCGACACCUGGAGCAGUGGGCAUCAAAGUUAGCACACCACAAAAUGAUCUGCAAACAACCUUCGACUUUGGUAAAGCAGAGAUGAGAGACGCCCCCAAGCAGGAAGAAGUUGAUACAUGUGCCAGUAAAUCAAGUUUGAUGGAGGCAGACAGGGCAGCGGUUAAAAUACAGUCAUGGUGGAGGGGACAGCACACACGGUGUUGUCACCCCAUGGCCAGAGAGGUACGCAGUGAGAUCCGCCUGCGCAGGAUGCAAGACCAUAUCCUCUUCUUGUCUGAAAAGUUGGACAGGGUGCAGCAGCAGUAUGAAGAAGAGAGGUUACAAAGGCUGGUUCAGGAGGAAGCUGUAAAGUUUCUGUGGAAACAGCUCCAGUCUAUGCAGCAGUGGAAGCAGUCCGUGGAGCAGCAGCUGGCCAGCAUUAGCCAAGCUGUCCCUCCGGCUCAGAUCUCAGCUCCUGGACUAUGUGUAGUCACCCCGCCUGUUGCAUCCAGCACGACGAACCCACCCAACACAGACGCCUCGUUCCCAGACUCUGGCUUCCAGUCAACAAGCGAUCAGCAGGCAGCGCAGGAAGACAGCUUCCUGAGCAGUGGGACAGCAGACUCUCUAAAGACGGUGCGAGCACUGAGCCCUGUUCGUAGCGGCUUCGCAGGCAGCGCUGACGGUGUGGACAGUGCAGACUGCAGCCUGCUGGAGCAGUACCUUUCCUCUGUACAGCAGAGGGAGGAGGAGGCUGAGGAGGCGGUCAGUGAUAGAACAGAAACACCACAGCCCUCCUCACCAGUAUCACCCAGCAAAACAGCACAGUCCAUCCCUAACUCCACCCCACAGAAGGCAGCAGACAACCAAGCAGAAGUGCAAAGAACGAACGACACCACUCCCGGCCCUGUCUGAGAGCCUACACAUAAUACACACCUGUGCAGAACUACUGAGUGUGUGUACAUUUGCACUGACUGUAAGAUAGAGAUGCGUUGCUCCCUCCUGAGACUGUCUGACAAAAGCACUCAUCUCAAACUGACCCAGAUCUCAAAUGGCAGUGUGCUUAGUUUCUGUUCAUCAAGACUGAUCCCAGGACAGGCUUGACAGCAACACCUUACUGUGAAUGUAACUCACGUUUUUUAUACUUCACUACUUGAUUCUGUUAUUUAACAUUUUCCUAUCUGUGUAAAGACAAUAACUGUGGUGUAGCAUCAUAACAUAUUAGUAACUUUAAAGCAAUUACUUCACAAUAGGUUGCUACCUCUACUGAUCAAAAGACCAAGCACGGUAUAUCCUAUUCUCUUUAUCAAUAUCUCCUGCAUUAAACACAUGAUAAACUACAGUUAAUCAGAUUAGCAGUUGAUGUGUUAAACGUAGUGCACUUGUAACCACGGAUAUAUUCUACACAUGAAACAAUAACCACACUAUUUAUUAGCACAUACUGUGUUAACAGCUGAACUGUUUUAUUAACUUAAGCUCACUCAUCUAAGAAUGUUGUAGCACCUUUAUCUUAAAAAAUGUAAAUAAACCUGUUUUGUUAUUUGGUUUCGUAUUAUGUUCAAAUGAUGGUUUGUAUUUUUUAUUUAUUUCAUAAUAUUUAAUUUAAUCAGGUAGUUUAAUUGAGGAAAAGAUCUAUUUUUCAAGAGAGACUUGAGAACAAGAAACCCUCAAAAGAACACAAUCAGCAAAACAGAAACAACACAACAAACAGGAAGUGAAGAAAAAACAUUUACAAGUAUCAUAAAAACAUCAGUUAAUAAAGCUUUAAUAAAGCUAAAUGGAAUGUAAGACUCUAGUUUGAGGCCAGUUUGUAGUUCAUUUCAUCUUAAAAGGUGCAUAGGAAUGUCAAAGGUUGAACAGUCCCUGGAUCUUGUACUUUAGUUACUAGAUUUAAAUGAGAGAAGAGGCUGGUCAUUUCCGUCCUGACCAGUCAAACAUCCUCCUAUAAAGAAGGUAUUAAUCACCAGAAAUAGAGUAACUACAAAUUGUAGUGGUGGAGCAUUUUGGUAGGUGGCCUGAUUGAUACUCAUGAGUUGAAGAAGUGUUCAAAUAGUUUCUCAGUAAUGACAGUUUGGUCAGAAACAUGCACACCAGUAGCCUGCUGGAGGUCCUUUUGUAGGGCUCUGGCAGCGCUCCUCCUGUUCCUCCUCACACAAAGGAGCAGAUACCGGUCCUUCUGCUGGGUUGAUGUCCUUCUACGGCAUUGAGACUGUGCUGGAUGACACAGCAAACCUUCUUCCACCCACACGUAUGGAUGUACCAUCCUGGAGGAGCUGGACUACCUGUGCAACCUGACUGGGCUGCAGGUACCAGUAGUGACAAGGACACUAGCAGAACACACAACUAGAGAAGAAUCAGUCGGUAAGGAUAAGGAGGGAGCAACUGUCUGUGGCCACCACAUGUAAAACCAUUCCCUAUUUUGGGUCUUGUUUUUGCCCCUCCACUGCACCUGUUUGCACUUUCAUUUGCACCAAAGCAGCUGAACUGAUUCACAAUCACUUGUGCUUCCUAAAUGGACAUAUUGAUAUCUCUGAAGUUUAACUGACUUG